CAUCACAGUGUGGCACACACAGUGAGAGUGUUGAAAACUCUUUUCAUUAAACCAAACACCACACUACCCUCUCUUCCUUCUUCUUCUUCUUCUUCUUCUUCUUCUUUGAAGAGAGAAAGCAUGGAUAGAGAAUUCUCUCACUCACUUUCUUAAUUCAUCUUCCUUCACAGAUCAAUCAGCUUCUUUGCCAUGGAAGACACGGAUUCAGUUGCUACACUGAUAGAUUCAACAAGUUCUAAGAUAAAACAGCUCCAAAAGGCAUUUGCUGAACUUGAAAGCUAUCGAGCUGUUACACUUAACUUGAAAUGGAAAGAGCUCGAGGAACAUUUCCAUGGACUUGAGAAAUCGUUGAAGAGACGCUUUCAUGAAUUGGAGGACCAAGAGAAAGAGUUUGAAAACAAAGUGGUGAAGUCUCGUGAAAUAUUGGAGAAGCGGGAAGCGACUGUUUGUGCCAAGGAGCAAGCUUCUUUGCAGAAACUUCAAGAUAAAAGAGAUGCUGCUGUAUUUGCCAUUUUUAACGCCCGAGAAAAGCACAGGAAGGUUUCAUCAAAAGAUCUGGACAUUUUCCCCGGUGGGAGACAACGGACACCUGGAGUGGUGGAGAAACCAGUGGAUUCUGUUUCCACACCUGCUGAAGGUAACUUGGAAGAUGUAAAGCUUUCUCCUGAAGGUGGAAAUGUGGAUCUAUUAUCUUAUCCAGAGUUGGUAAAGCUAUGUAAAGAAAUGGAUGCUAGAGGUCUUCACAAAUUCAUAUCUGAUAACCGUAAGAAUCUUGCUGCUAUAAGGGAUGAAAUACCACAUGCAUUAGGAGCUGCUCCUAAUGCUGCCUGUUUAGUUUUAGAUUCUUUGGAAGGAUUUUACUGUGCAGAAGCUUCAAAUCAGGAUGUAAAGAAGGAUGCUAACUUAUUGGGCCUUCGUCGAACCUGUAUCAUGUUGAUGGAAUGUUUGUACGUUUUCUUGAACAACUCAGAUGGUGUCUCUAAUGAACUUUUAGAAGAUAUCAAGGACAGGGCAAAAGCAGUUGCUGAAGAGUGGAAACCCAGAUUGGAUGCUCUAGAUGCGGAUGCUGGCAAUGGGAAUUCCUUAGAGGCUCAUGCAUUUUUGCAACUUCUAGCAAGUUUUGAUAUUGCCUCUGAUUUUAAUGAGGAGGAGUUUUCCAGGUUCAUUCCAAUGGUUUCUCGGCGUCGCCAAACUGCUGAUUUGUGCCGUUGCCUUGGGUUGUCUGAGAAAAUGCCUGGCGUAAUUGAAGUAUUGGUGAACAGCGGGCGGCAAAUUGAUGCAGUUAAUUUGUCUUUUGCAUUCAAUCUUACGGAACAGUUUUCUCCCACGGAUUUAUUGAAGUCUUACUUGAAGGAUGCCAAAAAAGCUGCAUCUCCUUCCAGAUGUGUUAACUCAUCUCCCACUACACAGGUUGAGGUUAAUGAGCGAGAACUGGUUGCCCUUAAGUCCAUAAUCAAGUGCAUCGAAGAACAUAAACUCGAGGAGCAGUAUCCUCUAGAUCCUCUCAUGAAACGGGUGGUCCAACUCGAGAAGGCCAAAGCAGACAAGAAGAGGGAAACUGAAGCAACAAAGCCUCAACCGAAGAGACCCCGUGCUAAUGGUGUGGGAUAUGGUCCGCGUGUUUCUAACUUCCCUUCUGACAAAGCCUCCUAUCCUAGAGCUGCUGACAGGUACCCACAUUACGUAUUCGACCGGCCUUAUGUGUACCCUGGACCAACUGACAAUCAUUGCCCCCCUCUCAUGGGGUCGACGACCUAUAACUUCACCCCGAGUCACGGCAACUACUUUGGAAAUGGAUAUCAGUACCAGCCAACAUAUCUCCAUUAGGUGAUGUGACCGGAUUAUGAUCCUUUCCUUUUAAUAUUUAGUCUCAAGUCUUAACCUUAUGUUGUAUGUUGCACUUCUCAUGUGUAGCGUUUAUAAAAUGUGAUAUGCUAAAGUUUAACUUCUGCACUAGAAGAUAUUCUGAUCCUCUAAUGUAUGAACUCCUCGUUCUGUACAA